GCUAUCCUAUACCGGUGCUCGCCAUUCGAAUUCGGGUCGCGACCGCGUCGUAUCGCUUUUUGUAAUCAGGCAGAUCGACUGCUGCCAUGGCCGACGUUGACGUUCAAGUCCAGUACACCACCACGGAGAGGAAGACCAGGAAGGUCAAGAAGUCCUCGAAGCGUAGGGAGUCUAAGGAUGGCGAGGUCACCGUCACGGAGCUCGAACAGACCACCACCAGCAACAUCAACGACGAUGGUGGCGAAUACACCAAGGCGAUGAACAAGGACUGGCACAGCGGGCACUUCUGCUGCUGGCAGUGUGACGAGUCGCUGACCGGGCAGCGGUACGUGCUGCGCGACGAGCACCCCUACUGCAUCAAGUGCUAUGAGAGCGUCUUCGCUAACGGCUGCGAGGAGUGCAACAAGACCAUUGGCAUCGACUCCAAGGACCUGUCGUACAAGGACAAGCACUGGCACGAGGCGUGCUUUCUGUGCGCCAAGUGCCGCGUGUCGCUGGUGGACAAGCAGUUCGGCUCCAAGCUGGACAAGAUCUACUGCGGCAACUGCUACGACGCGCAGUUUGCUAGCCGCUGCGAUGGCUGCGGCGAAGUCUUCCGUGCUGGAACCAAGAAGAUGGAGUACAAGACCCGACAGUGGCACGAGAAGUGUUUCUGCUGCGUAGUGUGCAAGAACCCGAUCGGCACCAAGAGCUUCAUCCCGCGUGAGCAGGAAAUCUACUGCGCCGGCUGCUAUGAGGACAAGUUCGCUACCCGCUGCGUCAAGUGCAACAAGAUCAUCACGCAAGGCGGCGUGACGUACAAGAACGAGCCGUGGCACCGCGAAUGCUUCACGUGCACCAACUGCAACACGUCGCUGGCGGGACAGCGGUUCACGUCCCGCGACGAGAAGCCAUACUGCGCCACUUGCUUCGGGGAGCUGUUCGCCAAGCGCUGCACGUCGUGCGCCAAGCCCAUCACCGGCAUCGGCGGCACCCGCUUCAUCUCCUUCGAGGACCGCCACUGGCACAACGACUGCUUCAUCUGCGCGCAGUGCCAGACCUCGCUGGUAGGCAAGGGCUUCAUCACCGACGCCGCCGACAUCAUCUGCCCCGAGUGCGCCAAGCAGAAGCUCAUGUAAACACACCACACACACAACGCCAAGUCGACUAACGAACGCCACCGUGACGCAAUCACGCGCUUACAUUAAAACUGCGCCGGUUUCGAUAUUCAAAUUUCAAAAUUGGAAUGCGCUUUCAACAGCGGCCAUUUUGUGCCGCAGAUAAUGCAAUUUAAUUCGCUUUUUUUUCUAACAGCACGAUUUUUCAGCCAAACUGAUUCGUGUUUAAUUUGUGGUGCAGCGAAAAAACCGUACUGCCGGUAGUCGCUAGCGCCAAGGACUGGGUCGAGUCGAAGGGACGCGACCCGCCGAGAGACCUGUUCGACCUUGUCGACGCGACCAACUUCCGAAAAGGCAAAUUAGUCUGACCGAAGCGUUGCUAAUAUUUUUAUACAAAAAUUCGAGAAAAACUAAAAAAAAUAAAGUGGAUGCACAAAUGUAUGAGUAUUUAAUUUCGCUUUUCUACUCGUUUUGUUUAAGGUGUUUAUAUAUUUUGGCUGUAAGCUUCAGUUGUCACUAAUCCAGUGAUCCAUCCACGCCUAUUUAUUUAGGAUCAUUAUACAUAAUUAUGUAUUUAUGCUAAUUGCCAUACAAUUUUGCUUUAGCUGUUGUAUUAGUCCCUUAGAGUUUAUUGUCAAUUUACCUAGUGCGAUUCACGCGAUGCCUUAAUAACAUAUCUAAGUCAAUUUCGAGGGUAUAUAUGAUUUGUGUUGUACAUGUAUUUCGACGAUAUAAUUUACAACAUGAUUAAGUCCGGGACGACCGGAUCUAUCUAGGUAGGAUCCAAACAAAUCUUUGCGAGUGACAAGAGUUGCAGCAAACAAAUAAUAUCGCUGCGUUUACUCACUAGCAAAGAUAGGUUUGCCAUUAAUUUGUAUAAAUCGCCAUAUUGUAAUGACGAUCAUUGACAGCUAUUGUAGAAACAAUGAAAACAUAUUUUAAAGUAUUAUUUAGCCUCCAAUAGCUUUCAAACCGUCAUCAAUUUGGAGUGAUAAGUGCUUGUUAUUGUUUAAAACUCGUAACAUAGGGUAAGAAUUGACAUUUUAAUGAUAUGUGUUAUACUUGUAAGUAUUUAUUUACUACGGGAGUAGGUGCGCACUUAUUACGAGGGCGGCCGAGCGCCGGUGGCGCCGCGGAAACGCUUUCUAACACUUACAUGACGACUUGUCAUAGUUUUUACUAAUAAAAAAAUAAAAAAAUAUUUUUGUUCUCGAAUUAGAAUUACUCGUGUUACAAUGAAUGUUAUCGCUAUUUUUACAAGGUAAUAAUUAUUAAAGUAGGGUAACAUCUGUGUUGAAUGAGACCACGAUCAGGGAUCACUUAUGGGUACUUGUUAAAGGAUAAAUUAUUAGAAUGUUGAAAAUAUAAAUUUAUAUUAAUGUGUACACUUUUAAACUGUUUAGCUGUGUGAUCUGAUCUAAUUUAAAUCUUUGUAUCUAUCUACUCAUAGAUUGUAUAAACUACGAAACUGAAUAAACCAUUAAAAGUAUUA